GCCCCGCCUGCCGCGCAGGCGCCGUCCGAGGGCUCCGUUUGAAACAUGGCGCGGGCUGGCCCUCGGCUGGUGCUGAGCGAGGAGGCGGUUCGGGCGAAGAGCGGCCUAGGGCCUCACCGCGACCUGGCUGAGCUUCGGUCAUUGUCUAUUCCUGGAACUUACCAAGAGAAGAUUACCCACCUGGGACAUUCUCUGAUGAGUUUAACAGGUCUGAAAUCUUUGGAUCUCUCGCGCAACUCCUUGGUGAGUCUGGAGGGCAUUCAGUACCUGACUGCGUUGGAGAGUCUCAAUCUCUAUUACAACUGCAUCUCCUCAUUGGCAGAAGUGUUUCGGCUCCACGCCUUAACCGAGCUCAUGGACGUGGACUUCCGGCUGAACCCCGUGGUGAAGGUUGAGCCUGACUACCGCCUUUUUGUUGUGCACCUGCUCCCCAAGCUCCGGCAGCUGGACGAUCGCCCCGUGAGAGAGAGCGAGCGGAAGGCUUCCCGACUGCAUUUUGCAUCAGAGGACUCAGUCGACUCCAAAGAGAGCGUCCCAGCUUCUUUGAAAGAGGGCAGACCACGCCACCCCAGAGCCAAGUGCAGCGAGGCCUCAGCCAAGCAGAGCCUGGUCAUGGACGCGGAUGACGAGGCAGUCCUGAACCUCAUUGCAGAGUGCGAGUGGGACCUCGGCAGGCCUCCCGGGAGCACGAGCUCCAGCCAGAAGGAGCGUGAGGCCGACCCUCGUGGUUCCCAAGAGAUGGAGUCUUGCUAUGCUGCCCAGGCUGGAUUCAAACUCCUGGGCUCAGGUGAUCCUCCUGCCUCAGCCUCCUCAGCAUCCUGGAUUGCAGAAUCCAGACAUCUGUUGAGCCCGCAGUUGGUACAGUACCAGUGUGGGGACUCCGGGAAGCAGGGCCGUGAGACGAGGAGGAGCAGCUGCAGAGGGUGCUGUCUGGAGAAGACGCCUUGGAGCCGGCUCUGUGGAGAGCUCCCACCACCGUACGGAUCGGAGCCGGAGGCCUCCUGUGACCCCAGGCCACAUGCCUACUUCACCCCCCACCCAGACUCCGUGGAUACUGAGGACUCGGCCUCUUCUCAGAAGUUGGAUUUGUCAGCAGAAAUGGUGCCUGGUCCCCUGCCAGCCCCCGGAAAGUGCAGGAAGCGAAGAAUGCCUAGUGGAAGAUUCCAGACGUUUUCGGACCAGGAGGGUCUGGGCUGCCUGGAGAGAACUCAUGGGUCCUCCAUGCCCGAGGAGAGCCUGAGCAGACAGAACAGCUCAGAAAGCAGGAACGGGAGGACCUUGUCUCUGCCUGAGGCCUCGGAGACUGAGGAGCAGAGGUCUCGGGGCAUGACCGACAACAGAGAGCCGUCUCCCGGGUCACACUCGGCUCUACCCAGGAAGAAGACGGCCCUGCAGGCGGUGCUCCUGGAGACGCUCUUGGACCUGGUGGACAGGAGCUGGGGCGGCUGCAGGUCCCUGCACAGCAAUGAGGCAUUCCUUGCUCAGGCAAGACACAUCUUGUCAUCUGUUGAAGAAUUCACAGCAGCUCAGGACGGCUCUGCGAUGGUGGGUGAAGACGUCGGCUCCCUGGCUCUGGAGAGUAAGUCCCUGCAAAGCCGCCUUGCUGAGCAGCAGCAGCAGCACGCGCGGGAGAUGAGCGACGUGACGGCGGAGCUGCACCGCACACACAAGGAGCUGGAAGGAGAUGACGGCCAGUGUCCCAUGGUGAGCUGGGGCUACAGGGCAAGUUACCGCAAAAUGAGCAGCUGAAAACCCACCUUUAUCACCUUGGAUUUCUGUGUGUUGGGCCUCAGGCUCAGCUCAGCCAGGCGCGUCUGGCUUCAUCUCAGCUGUGGGCCGGGGCCAUCGUCUCAUCUGAGGCCUCAUGGGGCAGGAUCCUCCCAGGCUCCCUCCCUCCGUCUCAGCCGUGGGCCGGGGCCACCGUCUCAUCUGAGGCUUCAUGGGGCAGGAUCCUCCCAGGCUCCCUCCCUCCGUCUCAGCCGUGGGCCGGGGCCGCCGUCUCAUCUGAGGCCUCAUGGGACGGGAUCCUCCCAGGCUCCCUCCACGCUGCAAGGGCCUCCCCACGGGCUGCUGGCAUCCUUAGGACAGGGAGCUGGUGGUCAGAGAGCCACACCCAGACAGAAGCGGCCCUCCGGGAGUCCUGGUGUGAGGGCAGAGCCACGUGAGGAUGUGCACACCCAGAGGGCCCUUGUCAGCAUCUGUAAAAUGGGAGUGAAGUCGGCCCGGGACGGCUUCGAAAACUGUCUCUGAACUUGUCUGACAAGUACAUACUGUCUGUUUAAUGGGAACCUACAUCUCAGAGAUCCCACACAACGCCUCCUCUUUAGAGAAGAAAAAACACAGAUGGCAAAACAACGCAGGCAGCCUCUGUUUAAACGCACGUGCCACCCCCCUCCCCGCCCCGGUCUGGAAGCCUCUGCACCUGGCCUUCAUCUGGAAGCCUCUGGAUUUAAACACACGUGGGUCCCCAUCCCCCAUCCAGAAGCCUCUGCAUUUAAACACAUGUUCCCUCGUCCAGAAGUCUCUGCAUUUAAAUACACAUGACCCCCCAUCCAGAAGUCUCUGCAUUUAAACACAUGUUCCCCCGUCCAGAAGCCUCUGCAUUUAAACACACGUGGCCCCCCGUCCAGAAGCCUCUGCAUUUAAACACACGUGGCCCCUCAUCUGGAAGCCUCUGGAUUUAAGCACCCAUGGCCCCUUCUCUGGAAGCCUCUAUAUUUAAACAUGUGUGGCCCCCCGUCUGGAAGCCUUUGUACUUAAAUACUUGUGACCCGCUGUCUGGAAAGUGAGCUGGGCGCCGAUGUCUUUUCUGUGGGACGCAGCCGGGCACACCCCUUGCCCUUCUGAGCCUGGGACCAGACAGAGCUGCCAGGCGGAGCCCGAAGGUGUGCCGAGCGCCAGUGCCACCAGGGGUGGGGGUCACACGCAGCUGUGGCCACCGUGGACGCCUGCUUUUUCGCCCUCUGCAGUUUGCCUAACCCUGUCCCUUGGGGCAGCCCUGGGCCUCUGGACAGAGCAGCCCUGGUUCCCUGUCAGGGUGAGUGAUCCGGAAGAAUCUGGCAGCCCGAGCCCCGCGGGUAAGGAGCAGUCAGCACAGUCAGGAACCCGGCGGAGGGAGCAGCCGGGCAGGCUGGUGGGCACUGCCUUCCAGGGAGGCGCACAUCUCUCACUCCAGAAGCACCCAAGUUUACUCUGCCACGUGAGGACGCUCAUCCCUCGGUCACACGAACCUAGACCUUGCUGCUUUUGGAAGCUGCAGUCAGGUGUCCUGAGGCAAGGUGGCCCAACUUCCAGCUGCUGUGCCUGGCACGGCCUCUGAGGCAGAUGGGCUGCGCCCAGCUUGGGUGCAGUCGGUCCUCUGUUCCCUGCGCCUGUCGUGGCCUAGACUCCAAAAAAUUUAAAAAUUAGCCAGGCGUGGUGGCACACUUCCGUCAUCCCAGCUAUUUUGGGAGGUAGAGGCAGGAGGCUCAGGAGUUGAGAGGGCUGCAGUGAGCUGUGAUUGCUCCACUGCCCUCUAGUUUGUACGACAGAGCGAGACUUUGCCUGAAAGAAACAAAUGAAAAAGCUGGGAGCUCACAGCCCUGCCUUAAGAGCUCACUGCAUCCUUGGGAGGCAAAACCAUGAGAUGUGGCACUGCCAGGAGCUUUCUGGACGACCCAAAGCACUGUGCAGAGGGCAGGUCGUGCUGGUUGGCGCCACUACAGCAGACACCUUGGGGAGAAGGCCGCGAAAUGAAGAACGGGCCAAGAUAAGCCUGAGGUCUCAGACCCAGCGAUCCGCUUUCACCGUGGGCGUCGGGGACCUGGUGGGCGCAUGCAUGCUGAGGGGGCUGUCGGCGGGUGGGCUCACUGAGCAGAGAAGGACGAAGCGGCGAUACCCCCAGCAUGAGGCUUCUGCUGCACAGACUCAGGCGCUCCCUCCCCUGGUGGCAGUGAGCUGGGGCCUGCUCAACACCCCCGGCCCCAGGAUGUGCCUGCUGGUGCCUGAGAGAGCAGCAGCCAGGUGAGAUGGGAUCCCUGGGGACCCUGGAGACCCUGGUCGCAGCUGCCGGUGGCUUGGACGGCUCACACCUCACCAGGCACCCUGGGGCCGGGGAGGGGCAGAGGCUGCCGUGUGGCUGCAGGCGUGGCCCUUUCCCCUCCUCGAUGACAGCUCAUCCUGUGCUCCGGGUCUUCUCCAUACUUUGAGGAUAUGAAAGGAGCCAGAACAGAAGGGGGUUCCUGCAGGGCCACCGGUGCCUCACACUGGCACCAAGGCCUGGGGCCCACAGUGUCCAUGAGGGCAUCCUGGAAGAGACAGGGUUCCCCCAGCCGCCACCGGCUGCCCUGCCCAGCAUCAGGCCUGCAGGUCCUGCUGGAGCACAUGCCUCAGGAGACUCGGGAGUGGGGCUCUCACAGGGCUGAGGCGCUCCUUUCCAUCCCUCUCCUCACUUCCCUCCAUCCCCUGAGGGUGCUGCAGGGCUGGGCAGGGCGGGCUGGGAGCAGGGAGAUGUGCCGUGAAACCGAAUUACUGCCUCUCACAUUGUGACCAGGUAUGCAGAAGGAACCCUCGGGAUUCUCAGGGUUCAGUUUUAUUUUCUAUAUGCAUUUUACUGAAUUUGACUUGUGCAAUUAAGUGUAUUUUCUGUGUCCCCAGGAUGAUUUGAGACAACAUUUAGAUAAAUCUUUGGAAGAGAACAGUAGCUUAAAAUCACUUUUGUUGAGUAUGAAAAAGGAAGUGAAGAGUGCAGACACUGCAGCCACAUUAAAUUUGCAGAU